CUGGGCUGAAUUCAAAGCGACGCGAGGGAAGGCAACUAAUUCUCUAAACGGGGCUUGAAAGAAGUUGCCUCCCUAGCGGCGCUUUAAAGGGAAGGAACAAAUUUGAUCACAACAACAGUGAAAAUGGACUAUGACUUCAAAGUAAAGCUGACUGGAGAGAGGGAACGAGUCGAGGACCUGUUUGAGUAUGAGGGAUGUAAAGUUGGACGGGGGACCUACGGUCAUGUGUACAAGGCGAAGAGAAAAGAUGGGAAGGACGAUAAGGACUACGCCCUGAAGCAGAUAGAAGGCACGGGCAUCUCUAUGUCAGCUUGCCGAGAGAUUGCACUGUUGAGAGAGCUGAAGCACCCAAACGUGAUUUCACUGCAGAAAGUGUUCCUGUCACAUGCAGACCGUAAAGUCUGGCUCCUGUUUGACUACGCUGAGCACGACCUCUGGCACAUCAUUAAGUUCCACAGAGCGUCCAAGGCCAAUAAGAAGCCCCUGCAGUUACCCAGGGGAAUGGUCAAAUCUCUGCUCUACCAGAUCCUGGACGGCAUCCAUUACCUCCAUGCCAACUGGGUCCUGCACAGAGACCUGAAACCUGCCAACAUACUGGUGAUGGGAGAAGGACCUGAGAGAGGUCGUGUGAAGAUCGCGGACAUGGGCUUUGCACGUCUCUUUAACUCACCACUGAAGCCUUUAGCCGAUCUGGACCCUGUGGUAGUCACAUUCUGGUACAGAGCACCAGAACUACUGCUUGGUGCCAGACAUUACACCAAAGCCAUCGAUAUCUGGGCGAUUGGCUGUAUCUUUGCUGAACUCUUGACCUCUGAGCCAAUAUUCCACUGUAGACAAGAGGACAUUAAAACCAGUAACCCCUACCACCAUGACCAGCUGGACCGCAUCUUUAACGUCAUGGGCUUCCCAGCAGAUAAGGACUGGGAGGACAUUAAGAAGAUGCCGGAACACUCCACACUGAUGAAAGACUUCAGAAGGAACACGUACACUAACUGCAGCCUGAUUAAAUAUAUGGAGAAACAUAAAGUCAAACCCGACAGUAAAGCAUUCCACCUGCUGCAGAAGCUGCUUACGAUGGACCCCAUCCGCAGGAUCACGUCCGAACAGGCCAUGCAGGACCCCUACUUCCUCGAGGAGCCCCUCCCCACCUCCGAUGUCUUCGCUGGCUGUCAGAUUCCUUAUCCCAAACGGGAAUUCCUUACUGAGGAGGAGCCUGAGGAUAAAGCAGAAAAAAAAAACCAGCAGCAGCAGCAGGGGAACAACCACACCAAUGGGGCGGGGCACACAGGUAACCCUGACAACAGCCACGCCCAGGGUCCGCCCUUGAAGAAGGUUCGAGUGGUCCCACCCACCACUACCUCAAGUGGACUGAUAAUGACCUCAGAUUACCAGCGGUCCAAUCCACAUGCUGCCUACCAGAACCCAGGACCAAGCACAUCACUGCCGCAAAGCAGUAUGGGAUACUCCUCUACCUCCCAACAGCCACCACAAUACUCACACCAGACCCACCGCUACUGAGCCCCGCCCCCUCACACCCUCACGCCGCCCAAUCCGGGAGAAUGUAACUGAG